GCCACGUCUGAGGUCUUGUGGUGCAGUGUUCAAGCGCUCUGUGCACUACUUUUUCGCAAUGGGCAUCGACGUCGAUGGUUUACUCGAAGCAGCCGAGGACAAGAUAGCCGUGAUUGACAACAGCAGUCAAGAUUUGGGCAUCCACAAGCGCCUCCUGCUGACGAACUUUCUUCAAGAAUGGUCCUGGAUGAAAGACGACGACACCGAGCCAGAAGAACCGGCCAGCCGCAAGCGUAGCAGCCCUAGUCCGAGCCCUAAAGCCAAGAAGCGGCGUGUGCAAAAAGAGGCGGCAUCCUCGCUGAAUCCACAUAGGAGGACUCGUCGUGCAGAACGCUCUAAAGCCAAACUGGAGAGCCGUGCCCGUCGUCGACGGUGCCCAGCGGAAGCCGUGCCGUCCGACACCAGAUGUGUUCGAGAAGUCCAACCGGUGCACCCGGUGGCUUGCCCUCUCCCCAUUCUUUACGAAGGAGAGCCAUGCAACACAGACGAGUGGGAUUGGCUCUUCGUGGACGUCUACGACCUGCCAACCGACGCCCCUGUGCCUGACCCGGACUUGUCGUUUCUUGAACAACACUGAGCUGUGUGAUUAUUCUUUUGGAGUUUUUACUCUUUUACU